AUGACGAUUAUGCAGAACAAUCACAUGCCAAUAACAUAUUGGAAAGCUUGGAAGGGGAAAAAACUUGCAAACAACCUUCUUAGAGGUUCACUUGAAUUAAGUUUUCAAAAUCUUCCAGCUUACUUAUACAUGGUUCGAAAGAUGAAUCCAGGUACGAUCACGCAUUUGGAGGUGGAUGAAGAUUCUAAAUUCAAAUAUGUUUUCCCAGCAUAUGGAGCAUGCAUCAAAGGAUUUUGUUGCAUGAGAAAGGUUAUUGCGGUGGAUGGGACUUGGUUGAAGACCAAGUACAAAGGUGUAAUGCUCAUUGCAACAGCACAAGAUGGUAAUUUUCAUCAAUAUCCUAUUGCUUGGGCUGUAGUUGAUUCAGAGAAUGAUGCUUCAUGGUCAUGGUUCCUUACAAAGUUACAAGAACUUAUACCAGAGGAUAGUGAUUUAGUCUUUAUUUCAGAUAGAAAUCAAAGCAUCAUCAAUGGGGUGUCAAAUAUUUAUAGGAAGUCACAACAUGGGCAUUGUAGGUGGCAUCUGUCUCAGAAUAUUAAAGCACGUGUCAGAGUUAAAGGUGUCAUAAAAUUAUUCGAAGAAACUGCCAAUGCCUAUAAAGUUUCCGACUUCAACAAACUCUAUGAUGAAUUGAAGAAUAGAUAUCCCGUAGUAGUGAAGUAUCUUGAAGAAUCAAAUCUCACACUUAGUAAAUGGGCGAGAUCUCACUUUACAGGCUGUCGAUACAAUAUUAUGACUACGAAUGGUGCAGAAUCUAUUAAUGCAGCACUAAGGGAACCUAGAGAGUACCCUAUCAUUGCGUUGUUGGAGGCUAUGCAGGCAAAAGUAUCUGAGUGGUUCAACAAUCGCCGCAAUAUUGUGGCAUCUAUCAAUACAAAGUGCUCGCCCUUACCACUUGAGCUACCCCUUGGGGUUCCAAAGGCAGAGAAUAUUAUUCGAAAAAGAUUCAAGAAAGCAUCGGAAAUGAAUGUGAAACAACUUAACCGAUUUGAGUAUGAGGUUACAGAUAAAGAAAAUGAUGACAUAAUUUAUUUAGGUCAAAGACAAUGCUCAUGUCGUGUCUUUGACCUUGAUCAACUUCCAUGUGUGCAUGCAUUAGCAUCAUAUGAGCAAGCUGGAAUAGAAGUGUAUGAUUUGUGCUCUAAUUAUUAUAAGUUGGAAACUUGGGCGUUGGCUUAUGUUGAUACCAUUUAUCCAGUCCAUCAAUAA